GCGUUCGCAUAAGUGACGAUUGUCCCGUGCGGUUGUCAUCGAUGAGCAUGGUUGUCUACGCGUUGGAGGCAAGUGAGACAACAUCGAUACGUGAGCGUUGGGAAAGGCAGACGACCAUCGUUAGUGCGUGGCUCCCAAGAUAUUGCACAGCCACCGACGCUGUGAUCUUCCGCGUGGCGGUGUUUGUGGAGUCUAGUGGUUUGAUUGACGUGAUGUCAUCGGAAGCGACGUCUGGGAUGGACGUUGACGGCGGGGCAGGGCGCGACGGUUUGACGACGACGGAGAGGACAUCUAUUGCUACGGUGGUUAAUGCCGUCGUCGUCCGCUGCCAGAUGGCGAGCAAUGACGCGAACUUCAAAGCGGCUGUUCGUGCACGGCGCAAGCUUUUGGCGCUUCCGAUGACUGGGCAAUGCUUGGAUGUGGCUGCCAUUUCCGACGCGGAGCUGGAGGUCUGCUACGCGAUGGGUGCGGGGGGUUUCCACGGGCGACUCAACGGUGUCGUCCCUUACGGCGGUCUCGCGCAACACCCGACGGAGGCACGCUUUGACAACAAACAGAAGACGGCCAGGGGAGCACUGGAGAGGGCGUUUGGCAGACUGAAGGGGAUGUGGAGGUUGUUCCUCCGCACCCACAAGUGCAACAUGGACAGCUUGCCACAACAAUUCGUCGCCGUCUGCAUCCUCCACAACAUACUCAUCGACGCCGGCGUCCCGUUUGACGACAAUCUGCUGUGGGAGGUGGGUCCAGACGGCGUGCGUCGUCCAGUGGAUCUGGGGAUGCAUCAGCCAUUGAGGCCAGUGUGCAUGGAGUCUUUGACGGGGGAUGCGCUGAUAUUGAGGGACGCGUUAGCGUUAGCGGAGUGGAUGAUUGCGCAGUGAGGUUGGCCGUGUUCGCAGCUGGAGUGCGG